CUAGAAACUUAGUCUCAGUAAAGACCCCUUCGCCGGAAGAUGAAGUUCUUGUUAACGUUUAUAAUAUGCUUUUGGCUAGCCCCAAAUCCUCCAUUAGGAUCAUGUCAAACCGAUGCGUAUAUCAAACUUGAACUGGAAAAUAUCAGAGGGUUUGCUAAUAACAAUCCUGAGUUCACGGAGUGGCGUGACCGUCUUCUGGAUGCACUAAAACCGGUUUCCGAACAAUCGAAGUUGCAAAUUCUGCAAGAUUUUCAACGGUGGAAUGUGCAGAGACUUGAUUUGGAGAAGCAAAUAUUUCGCAUUUGCGAAAAACUCCAAAAGUCAAUUAUGGGAAAAUGUCAUGAAACCUUUAGAAAACUACGUGAUGCAUGCGUUUGGAGUCUUACAAGACCAAACACGAAGAAAGCAGAUGUCAUAAACGUAAUUAAGAAAGCGAAAUGUCUGGGUAUGAUACGAGGCAAAGAGAAGGACUAUGGUCUGGAUUUUUAAUUAGGCAAUGGCCUUUCACACCCGAUACACCAUAUUAAUUCUGAUGAUUUUUUGAAACUAUACAAUAUAUUUUAUAUGCACAAUACGUGCAAUUAGUAUCGGAGUCAA